AUGAAGAUUUUCAAAUCCUCAAUCCCAUCCUUGAAACCUAAUUUCAAAAUCAAAUACUUCUCAUCAUCUCCGAAACCCCAACCUGACAAUGUUAGUCCAAUGGCUUCUCUCCUCAAAACCCGAUCCGUUAUCCGGUUCAGAGGCCCCGACACAAUCAAGUUCUUACAAGGCUUAUUGACAAACGAUGUCCGCAGGUUUUUGUACGAUUUGUUUCUCUACAACCCGCCCCGACCCGAUGAAAAGCUUGACCCGAUUGGGUCUGGGUCGAGACCUAGACUCGAACAAGAUGAAGUGGAGCUUCUUGCUGAUGUUGAUUGUUCUGUGCUGGACGAGCUGGUGGAGACACUAAAGAAAUAUCGAUUGAGGUCAAAGGUUGAUAUCGAGAAUGUGGGAGAAUCCUUCUCUUGUUGGCAACGAUAUGGUGUCAAUCAUAAUCAACGUUCUUCACAAGGAAAUAGCAUCGGGUGGAAAUGGCAUAAAGAUCCCCGAUUGGAUUGCUUAGGGUUCCGAGGAAUCUUUCCCUCAAAUACAACACCACCUAUGGUGGAGGGUGAUACAGAAACCAAAGAAGAAAACUACAUUUUAUGGAGAUUAGAAAAUGGAGUUGCAGAAGGCUCGAUUGAGAUCCCAAAAGGUGAGGCAAUCCCACUGGAGUACAAUCUUGCUGGUUUAAACGCGAUAAGCUUUGAGAAAGGGUGUUACAUAGGCCAAGAACUCAUUGCUCGAUCACAUCAUCGUGGUGUUAUCAGGAAACGUUUGGUUCCAAUCAAGUUCCUCAAUCAAUCUGGAAAAGAGGUAGAGCAAAAGGUUGGUCGGAGUUCAGAAGUAAUCUCUAUGAAAUCCGGGAAGAAAGUAGGAAUGGUGACAAUGGCUGUUGGGUCUAGUGGGGUUGGGGUACUUAGGGUUGAGGAAGCUUUUAAAGGGUCAGGGAAUUUAGUGAUGAAAGGAGAAGAAGAUGUAAAGGUGGAGGUGGUUUGGCCUGAAUGGUGGCCAAGGGAGUGGUUUUUGGAGCAUGAGUAAUAUAAAAUUUUGUUGCAAUUGGUUAAGUUUUGAAGAAAUAAGGGUAAUGUGUAAAACUUUUAUUAUGAGUUAUGGUGUAUGUAUACUUUUGAGUAUAAGUAAAAGUAAACA